AGCAUCUCUUCGAUCUCCCAAGGUCGUCUGUAUCGCACUGCCGAACUGCUUUACCUUGAAUCCGAUUGACGAUGGCGUUGCGGAGAAAUAUCUUGAAGCAAAGUCUUCAAACAAAGGAGAAGUUUCGCCAUCUUCUGCUCUGUGAUUUUUCUUCCAUUUCUGCUCCAAAGCUCCCUCCAUUUGAUUACGAACCGAAGCCUUACAAAGGACCUUCAGCAGAUGAAGUUCUUGAGAAACGGAAGAAGUUUCUUGGUCCAUCUCUGUUUUACUACUAUCAGAAGCCUCUCAAUAUUGUCGAAGGGAAGAUGCAGUAUUUAUUUGACGACACUGGUAGGCGUUAUCUUGAUGCAUUUGCUGGAAUAGUCACCGUGUCUUGUGGACAUUGUCAUCCAGAUGUUCUGAAUGCUGUUGUGGAGCAGAGCAAGCUUCUCCAGCAUGCUACAACCAUCUACUUGCACCAUGCUAUAGCUGAUUUCGCAGAGGCAUUAGCAUCGAAAAUGCCUGGAAACUUAAAGGUUGUUUAUUUUGUCAACUCUGGAACUGAAGCAAAUGAGUUAGCAAUGUUAAUGGCUCGACUUUAUAGUGGUAACCUUGGUAUGAUUGCCUUGAGAAAUGCAUACCACGGUGGAAGUUCUGGGACAAUUGGACUGACGGCUCUAAACACCUGGAAGUACUCAAUACCACAGGGUGAAAUUCAUCAUGUUAUAAACCCAGAUCCAUAUCAUGGGGUCUUUGGCUCUGAUGCCAGUAGGUAUGCCAAGGAUGUUCAAGAUCACAUCAACUAUGGUACUUCUGGAAAAGUUGCUGGCUUUAUUGCAGAAACUAUUCAGGGAGUAGGAGGAGCAGUUGAGUUGGCCCCAGGAUACUUGAAAUUGGUGUAUGACAUUGUACGUAAGGCUGGUGGUGUUUGCAUAGCUGAUGAAGUGCAAACUGGAUUUGGUCGAACAGGAAGUCAUUACUGGGGUUUUGAAACACAAGGUGUCAUUCCUGACAUAGUUACCAUGGCAAAGGGUAUUGGAAAUGGAUUACCAUUAGGUGCAGUGGUAACAACACCAGAAAUAGCAAAUGUGAUGGCCCAGAAAGUUCAGUUCAAUACCUUUGGUGGAAACCCUGUAUGUUCUGCUGGUGGACUUGCAGUGCUUAGGGUUCUUGACAAGGAGAAGCGUCAAGCACAUUGUGCUGAUGUUGGUUCUCACUUAAUAGAGCGUUUGAGAGCUCUUCAGCAGAAACAUGAAAUCAUUGGAGAUGUGAGAGGCAGGGGCUUAAUGGUGGGGAUAGAACUUGUCACUGAUAGGAAGGAAAAGAUGCCUGCAAAAGCAGAAACAGCAGCUCUGUUUGAGAAACUAAGAGAGCUGGGAGUGCUAGUUGGGAAGGGAGGACUACAUGGAAAUGUUUUCAGAAUAAAACCGCCAAUGUGUUUCACAAAAGAUGAUGCAGAUUUCCUUGUGGAUGCAUUGGACUAUUCCAUAUCAAAGUUGUGAAGAAUCAAAGUUGGUGUACCAAGAGAGCUGUAGAUGUUUUUUUUAGCCUACAAACUCUGUGACAUUAGAUCCAACAUUCCCAUAAAUAAGUAGAUCUCUUGGCACUUGAUUUCAA